UGCUGUUAUUCUAUCAUCUGUCUUUGUCCAUGUGCAUGGCGAAACCAAAUCUCGCAAAAUAACUAAGUAUGUUAUGAUUAGGAAGGAAACCGCCAUGUUUUAAUUUGAAGUCCGAUCCAUGCAUUUGUCCGAGGACUGCAAAAAAACACGAAAUACUACAGUCAAGCAGCAGGUUUCCUGCACAUUGUUUCUUGCAAGAAGGACAGAAUGAUAUCCAAGAAAUUAAACUGGCUUCAAAAUAACAUCUCCACUGUACAACCAAAGAAGUGCUACACAGAAUCUACAUCACAGAUUUUCAACACAGAAGAAAUCAGAAACAUCUGCUCACAUAUCAAUGUUGGCCUGACAUUACCGCAAAGUCGUCACUUCCUGGUAAAUCAUGAACAUAAACUGUUAUACUGCUGGAUUCACAAAGUUGCUUCUACAUCAUGGAUUGCGUUAUUUAGCCACCUUGCCAACAGGACACACAUUGCCGAAUAUUACAGGGAAAUAAAAGUUUUAUCUCCAAAGAAUGCAGAAGAACUUCACAGAAUAGCCACAACAAAUGAUUAUUAUAGAUUACUUGUGGUGAGACAUCCGUUUCAACGUCUGGUGUCUGCCUACCGUGAUAGAAUUGAAGAUACUUCAAGAUUCACUUCACAAGCUUGGAUAUAUGUUCCCCGAAUUUUUGCUCUCACAAGGCCAUCACUGAAUAGGAGCCAGAUAUUUCAUAUUAGCCACCAGCAGCAAAAACUUUCCAUUGUGCCAAAAUUUAAAGAGUUUGUCGAAUGGUUAUUAAUAAUAUCACCUAACAAAUAUGAUGUCCAUUGGAACCGUUACAGUGAUCACUGUAGGCCUUGUAGUAUUGAUUAUGAUGCUAUCAUAAAAAUGGAUAAUUUUUCAAAUGAAGAAGUUAGAGUGGUAUGUGAAAUGGGACUAGAACAUUUAAAUGUCAGUCUUCAACAUCUUCAACCAACUUCUGGUGGCUCGACUGAUUUCUACAUUACCUGUCAAUAUUUUCAGCAACUAAUUCCAGAAGAAGUCAAAGCACUCUAUGAAAUUUACAGUCUGGACUUUCAGAUGUUCCAUUAUUCACCACAGCUAUAUAUGAACUGUGCACAAAACAAAAGUGGCUUAACAAAUGUACCACUACCAAAAUCUAUUAGGUAUGAUUAAAUAAACUGUGAGUGGCUACAGUGAAAUCCCAAUUCAGUGUUGCCCCCCAAAAUAAUGGAUUUCCACAAUGAAAACCUUAAAUAAAGGACAGUAAAUAAUUGUGCUAGUAAGUAUGAUGUACACCUUAAUAUUAACUGGAUAUUUUACUCAGGUGUUUUAUUUGCAGUAAAAUUCAUUACUGAAUAAUUAAAAAUAUGUGGCAUGAUCGAAUAA